AUGGAUAAGAGUUGGGUUUAUUAUGAAAGAUCAAGUAAGGAGUUUCAUGAAGGGCUGUGUUUGUUCCUGAACUAUGCGUUUGAAAAUGGGUUUGUUACUGAAGAUAACAAAGUGAGGUGUCCAUGCAAGAAGUGUGCCAAUGUUCAUUACAAAACUAGAGAUGAGAUAUAUGAUGACUUAGUUAGCUAUGGUAUGUUAAGGAGCUAUACAAGAUGGUAUCAUCAUGGUGAAGGGUUCAGAACAACAUUUCCAUGUAACUUGGGGGCUGAAAAUACUAAUGUGGAUCAGGUUAUUAUGGAUAACAAUGGGGAAGAGGUUGGAGAUGACAUUACGAGAAUGCUGCGAGAUGCAUAUGGAAUGGAUAUGGGUGAUAUGUUGGAUGCAGAAAUGAGUGGGAUGCCAAGUGAUAGUUCAGCUGCGCAAUUUUAUAAGUUGCUAGAAGAUUCAAAGAAGCCGUUAUACCCUGGAUGUGAUAAGAUGUCGAUGAUGAUGUCUGACAAGUCAUUUAAAGAGAUGCUUCAACUCAUGAGAGAAUCAUUUCCAGAAGGGUGCACAUUGCCGGAAAAUUUCACACAGUGUAAGAAGGUACUAUCAGAUUUGGGAUUGUCUUACGUUAAAAUUGAUGCGUGUCCCAAUGAUUGUAUGUUGUACUAUAAAGAGACUGCGGAUCUUGAAUCUUGUAAGGUUUGUACAGCUUCUUGUUACAAAGAUGGAAGAUUAAAAACGCCAGCUAAAAUACUUCGUCACUUUCCUUUAAAGCCUCGGCUACAACGGUUGUUCAUGUGUUCUAAGACUGCAGGAGAUAUGAGAUGGCAUCAUGAAGGGCGUACAAAAGAUGGGGUAUUGAGACAUCCAUCUGAUUCCGAAGCUUGGAGGCAUUUUGAUGAGAUGAAUCCAACUUUUAAGGCAGAUCCAAGGAAUAUCAGAUUAGGUUUGUCAACUGAUGGGUUUAGUCCAUAUAGUUCAAUGAGAAAUCCGCAUAGCACAUGGCUUGUGGUUCUGUUACCCUAUAACUUACCACCAUGGUUAUGCAUGAAACAACCUAACAUGAUAUUGUCUUUGCUUAUACCAGGCCCGCAUAGUCCAGGUAACGACAUUGAUGUGUAUUUGAGACCAUUAAUAGAUGAGCUGAAGGAAUUAUGGGAGGAAGGGGUGGACACAUAUGAUUCCUCACGAAAUGAAAUGUUCAAUCUGAAAGCGGGAUUACUAUGGACUAUAAGUGAUUAUCCUGGACUUGCAAUGCUCUCUAGAUGGAGUAAUAAAGGUUUCGCACCACACUUAAGAAAGAUUUUGAUGGGGAAGGUAGAACUUAGCCCACGUCCAAACCCAUUGUUAGGGCCAGAUAUCUUGAGCUUGCUGAAAGACAUUCCACACACAUUUGGGAAACAGUUCGAGGAGAAUUUGAGGGGAGAUCAUCCACGCAAGAGAAAAUCACGAGGAUCAUGUAGAGUCGCAAAUAAUAUGCCAAGCAAUUGGAAGAAAUUGAGUAUCUUUUAUGAACUUCCAUACUGGCUUAAUAAUCUUCUCAAACAUAACAUAGAUGUGAUGCACACUGCAAAAUUGUAUGUGAUAGUGUUCUGGGUACAAUAA